AUGAGGUCAACCGCAGCUCUGGCCGUUGCCGGCCUCGUUGGCUCUGUCUAUGGACACGGUUACUUGACUAUCCCUUCCAGUCGUACUAGACUGGGCGCUGAGGCCGGUCUGGACUCGUGCCCGGAGUGCACCAUCCGGGAGCCCGUGGCCGCCUGGCCGGACGUCACGGCCGCCACCGUCGGCCGGAGCGGCCCUUGCGGGUACAACGCGCGGGUCAGCGUGGACUACAACCAACCGUCGAGCAAAUGGGGCAACUCGCCCGUCGUGACGUACACGCGCGGCCAAACGGUCGACGUGCAGUGGUGCGUCGACAACAACGGCGACCACGGCGGCAUGUUCAGCUACCGCAUCUGCCAGGACCAGGCGCUCGUCGACAAGUUCAUCACGCCGGGCUACCUGCCGACCGACGUCGAGAAGCAGGCGGCCGAGGACUGCUUCCAGCGCGGCACCCUCAAGUGCACCGACGUGACGGGCCAGAGCUGCGGCUACAGCCCGGACUGCUCGGCGGGGGAGGCCUGCUGGCGGAACGACUGGUUCACGUGCAACGCGUUCCAGGCGAGCAGCCGGCGGGCGUGCCAGGGCGUCGACAACGCUCCCCUCGGGUCCUGCUACACGUCCAUCGCCGGCGGGUACCCGGUCACCAAGAAGAUCAGGAUCCCGGACUACGUCUCGAACCACACGCUGCUCUCGUUCCGCUGGAACUCGUUCCAGACGGGCCAGGUGUACCUCACCUGCGCCGACAUCGCCAUCGGCGGCGGCGGUAGUGGAAGUAACCCUCCUCCGACGUCGACUCGGACCAGCAGCGCGGCGGCGACAGCGACCAGCGGGUGCGCCAUCGCCAGCAACGUGGCCGUCACGUUCAACGAGAUCGUCAAGACGAACCCGGGUCAGACGAUCAAGGUCGCGGGCUCGAUCGCGGCGCUGGGCAACUGGGACGUCUCGUCGGCGCCGGCGCUCUCGGCGGCGCAGUACACCAGCAGCAACAACCUGUGGACGUACACGGUGUCGCUGCCGGCCGGGACGACGUUCCAGUACAAGUUCAUCAACGUGGCGUCGGGCGGCGCGGCGACGUGGGAGAGCGACCCGAACCGGUCGUACACGGUGCCGCGGGGCUGUUCGACGGCCGUGACGGUGAGCAGCAACUGGAGAUAG